UUUAGAUAUGAGCUGUGCUUCGUAAAAAUAGGACUUGCAUUCAAGGUGAAAAACCCGCACUAAAAAUGGCGGACGAGGAAUAUCCAAAUCCGAGCCCCGAAAUCCGAAAGGAUGGAAUAAAUGAACGGUGGGUGAUAUUCUCGCCAGCGAGAUCACGACGGCCGUCGGACUUCAAGGCCAAAUCGAAUCCAAACCCGAAUAACCAAUCGGGGUGCCCAUUCUGCAAGGGCCAUGAACACGAGUGUGCGCCGGAGAUAUUCCGCAUCCCGUCUGAUUCCACCUCCGAUUGGGGAAUCAGAGUUAUCCAGAACCUCUAUCCAGCCGUCAACCGAGACUUGCAUUUCCAAGCUGAGAAUAAUCACGAUUCAUUGCACGGCGUCGUUUCAAUAAGCGGAUUUGGGUUUCACGAUGUGGUGAUUGAAUCUCCGGUUCACUCGGUUCAUCUUAGCGAUCUUUCACAGGCACAGGUUGGGGACGUUUUUCUGGCUUUCAAGACUAGGAUCGACCAGAUUCGCGUUAAUCAGUCCAUCAAAUAUGUCCAGGUAAUGAAGAGAUACUAUAACCCCAUUGAAGUAGGAGCUAAUGAAGGUCUUCAAAAAUCAUGGGGCAUCAGCCGGCGCAUCUAUGAGCCACUCUCACAGCCAGAUUAUUGCUCUUCCUAUUAUCCCCCCCACAGUUUCUGCUCGCCUCGGUAGUAUGAAGGAGUAUUUUCAGCAGCGUGGGACUUGUUCUCUCUGCAAUAUUCAUGCAGAUGAAUUAAUAAUCAAUAAGUCGACCCAUUUCACAUCUGUGGUUCCAUUUGCUGCUACAUUCCCCUUUGAAAUAUGGAUAAUCCCUCGGAACCACUCUGCCUAUUUUCAUGACCUAGACAGAGAGAAGGGCAGUUGAAACUUGUGCUUUUGACGUUGUCCUCACAGCUGAAUAAUCCACCAUUCAACUUCAUGAUCCAUAGCUCCCCAUUUGAAGUUGAUCCUUCAUAUUUACCAAGUUGCCAUUGGUAUCUCCAAAUAGUUCCCCAUUUAUCUGGGGUUGGGGGUUUUGAGUUAGGAACUGGAUGUUACAUAAAUCCUGUUUUCCCUGAGGAUGCAGCUAAAAUCUUGAGGGAAGCAAGUUUGGCAGUAGAUGUGACAAAAAUGAAAAUGGGAGGCUGACACAUAUGCCCCAUUUUGGGAUAUCUAUUCUUCAUGAAAGCAAAGCUGGCGGAUAUGGAAGGUUGCUAGUACUCAUUGGGCUUCUUCAUAUUCUUCAUGAAACCAUACAAUGCCUUCACUAAUUUCUCCCUUCGAUAUAGUAUUGAAGGGCUAACAUUCAAUGUAAAAUUCCAACCUUAGAUCUCAUCCAAACAAUAUUCCUUUUUUUAACCUUGCGGAGCUGUCUGUGUUUGAACCUUGAAGGGCCACUGAAGGUUUACCUGGGGUUUAACUUUA